AUGAACGUGAUUCAAAUUGAGAACGGUAGCUAAGAUUAAGAGCUACAAGAUAUCCAAGUUUCGCGACAUUCCAACGGCUAGUUUUCCGUCGACGUCGUUUCUUGUGAAGACGACUUUUCUGUCCAGAAUUUCGGAUUUAUAUUCUGAGUAAUUCUAGCUCCUAAGUUCACCUAGACUCCGUCCUUAAUUCUAACAAGUGGUAUCAGAGCUAUAUUGAGGACAUUGAGAGGAGUCUACAGAAGUGUGAAGACCCUUCUAGACCCACCAUGGCCUGUGGGUGUGCCUAAGUGGUGUUCUAAAGGUUGGAUGUGUCUUCCGCCAAGGGGAAACUCUGCCGAAAUUUCGUGGACACUGACACUUGUGAAAAUAUCGAGGGAGCUGAGUCUGGAUAGCAAAGGGGGAGCUGAAAUUCGUCAUUUCUCAAGGAGAAGAUGAAUGAGAGAGGAGGAGAUGCUAAUGGAAGAGGAGCUGUACCUGAGAAGACAAGUGAGCCGCCACCAUCAAAAGUUGAAGCUUUGGAUGGCUCCAACUAUGAGGAAUGGAGCGGGCGCAUGAGGAGUGCCUUCAAACGCUACAAGCUACUGAAGAUUGCUGUUGGGGAGGAGAAGAUGCCGGAAGAAGGCGAAGAACGCGAACGGUGGAUUGAGAAAAGCACGGUGCUUUUCGACCUCAUCCUUCAAUCGGUCAACAAGGAGAUGUUCGAGCACAUCAAGGAUCUGGUGGAAGCGGAUGAUUCGGGUCCAAGGGCGUGGAAACUACUACGCGAUGUGAUUCAGCCCAACACUCUUCCGAUGGUGAUCGUGCUCGAGAAGGAACUUGCUGCAAUCUCCAUGCGACCAGGGGAUGAUGUGAAGCCGAUCCUUGACAAGAUCAAGGACACCUAUGCAAGGAUGGCAGCAGCGGGCAGCAGCGUUUCUCAGCUGCAGCAGUGCACCAAGAUCAUCUCGGUGUUGGAUAACUCGUGGGACAACCUCAUCCCCACCCUCAACUCUCAGCAAGAUCAAUGGACACCUGAGUGGCUAAGGCAGCAGAUUCUGCAGGAGGACUUCCGCAGACGCCAUGUGGGAGGCGGUGCUGCCACUAAGACUGCUGAGGGGUAUGGAGCUGCAGGGCGCGGCAAAGGAAGAGGGGGUUGGAGAGGCCGAGGCCGUGGGAGGAGCUUUGGCAGAGGUCGAGGCCGAGGUGACUAUAAUGAGGGGCAUGGGAGCUCUGGUGGCAGGGGGAGUACCAGAAUGGAGGGCACCUGCUGGUACUGCAAGAAGAAGAGCAAGGCCGAAGUGACCUUUGGACCAACCAGCUGCCGUGCUAAGCUUGGGAAGAAGGUGCUGUGGAGUCUGGAAGAGGAGACCAGCUGCAUCAAGGACCUAUGGCAGCUGCCCAUCAUCCCUUGGAAUGGGAAGACUCCAACAACAGCAACGGCAGCAACGGCAAAGGCAACAGCAGGAGGAGAUGCAACUGCACCAACUGAUGGGGUCCUGGAAGCAGUCAAGAAAGUGCAGCAGGAGCAGACACAUGGUGAGGUGCUUGCUGGUGUGGAUGCGAGUACGGCAUGGGCUAAGGCUUCAUCAAGGAGUGGUGAGGCCGAUUGGGAGACAUGGCAUGAGAGGCAGUGUCAUGUAAACUUCCCUAUGCUGCAGAAGUUGGUGAAGGAUGGGAGCCUGAAAGGCUUGGAGGUGAAAGGGGGAGUGAAGGAGAUUGGGAGCUGCCCUACAUGCUUGGAGACCAAGUUCUCCAAAUUCCCCUUCAACAGCACUACAGGACCAGCCAAGACCCCACUUGCACUUGUGCACAUGGAUGUGGUGGGGCCCACAAGAGCCCCUUCCCUCUCAGGCAGCCGCUAUUUCUUGACAAUUGUGGAUGACCACACUCGGGCAGUGUGGGUUUACCCUUUGAAGAGCAAGGGGGAGGUGGCAGCGGCUGUCCUUAAGGAGUGGAUGCCUAGAGCUCAGAGGGAAUGCGGACACAAGGUGAAGGUGAUCCGCAGUGAUAAUGGUGGGGAGUUCAUUGGAGCUGAUUUUGAGGGGGAGUUGAAGAGGAAGGGGAUCCAACAUCAACUUACAGUGCCCUACAACUCGCAGCAGAAUGGCGUGGCUGAAAGGUUCAACAGGACCCUGCAGGAGGGGGCACGCACUCUCCUUGGGCGUGCAGGGCUGCCUGAUCUGUUUUGGGUGUCUGCACUGAGGCAGGUCGCCCUUGUGAAGAACAGGGUGCUGGCUACAGUUGGGGAUAAGGAGUGGAUCCCAUAUGUCAAGUGGUAUGGGAGUGCUCCAGCUGUGAACAUGCUGAGGGCAUUUGGGUGCAUGGUGGUGUUUCAUGUGCCUAAGGAGAAAAGGGGGAAGUUGGAGGCUUCUGGAAGAUGGGGUGUGCACUUGGGAAUUGCAAAGGAUCACAAGGGGUGGCUGCUAUGGGACUUGACCACCCAGAAGCUGACAGUGUCAAGGGAUGUGAAGUUUCUUGAGUCCCUGUACUACAAGGAAUGGAAGCAGCAGCAACAGAAGCUUCCAUCUACACCGCUCAUUGUGGAGGUAGAUGAGGUGCAGCGGCCUUCAAGACAGGUGGAGGUUGCAGUGUCUGAGGAGGAGAUGUCUGGGGUGACUGAGGAAGGGGGAGCAGCUGAAGUGGAGCAGCAGCAGCAGCAGCAUGAGUCUCCACCUCGAGUUCCACACCCGCCUGAGCGACCUAGGAGGGAUGUGCGCCCUCCGGUGAGGCUGACCUAUGGGGGAAGAGGCAAGCCGAAUGUGGUGCAGGCUGGGAGUGUGGUUGAGCAGAUUGAGGAAGAUGAGAUCGCUCACUGCUACUGGGCACCAAUCCUUGAGCCCAAGACUCGAGAGGAGGCCUUGAAUGGACCAAAUGGGGAGAAGUGGAAGGCGAGUGAGGAUGAGGAGUUCGGGUCCCUGAUUGAGAACGAGACAUGGGACCUGUGUGACUUGCCUCCUGGGAAGAAGGCAAUCACUUCCAAGAUGAUCUACAGGCACAAGUAUGGACCUGAAGGGGAGCUGACCCGCUACAAGUCUAGGCUUGUGGCAAGGGGGUUUCAGCAGACAAAGGGGAAGGACUAUGAUGAGGUGUUUGCUCCUGUGGGGAAAGGAACAACACUGAGGGUGCUGUUGGCGAUAGCUGCACUCCUGGGAUGGAAGAUACGGCAGAUGGACAUUGUGACUGCCUUUCUGAAUGGGAUCAUUCUGGAGGAGGUGUACAUGAAGCAGCCAGAGGGGCUGGAUGAUGGGAGCGGCAGGGUCUGCAGGCUGAAGAAGGCCAUCUAUGGCCUUAAGCAGGCGCCUCGUGCAUGGUAUCACAAGUUGGAGGAGGCGCUGCUGGCUGGGGGUUUCAAGAAGAGUGAGUGUGACCCCAGCCUGUUCCUGCUGCAGGAGAAAGACGAAAUCCUCAUGCUCUUGGUGUAUGUGGAUGAUAUCCUUCUCUUUUCUGCAUCAACUGCUUUGCUGGACAGUGCAGAGCAGAUGCUGGAGAUGCAGUUCAAGUGCUCUAAGAUGGGUGAGGUGAAGUACUACCUGGGGAUGCAUGUGGAGAGGGAUGUGGAGAAGGGUGUGCUGAGGUUGCACCAGAGGAAGUACUGUGAGGGGCUGGCUGAGAAGUAUGGGUUGCAAGAUGGGGGAAAGCCAGCAACACCACUACCUUCGGGGUUUACUGUGGAGCCAUGUGCUGAUGAGGAGGUAGUGGGUGAGAGUGACAGGAAGCUGUUUCAUUCGAUGGUUGGGUCGCUGAAUUAUGCUGCAAAUCAUACACGGCCUGACAUUGCAUUUGCUACAUCACGCUUCAACUCAGUGAAAGCGGAUGGCACCAGCAUUGGGGGUUAUGUGUGCUUGCUAGGAGGUGGUGCUGUGAGCUGGCGCAGCAAGAAGCAAAAUGAGGUGGGAUUGUCCUCAUGUGAGACUGAGUACAUGGCCUUACACCAUGGGGCCAAGGAAGUGGUGUGGCUGAGGCGUUUGUUGGAGGAGUUGGGAGUUGGUCAGAAGGAGCCGACGGUGAUCUUCUGUGACAAUGAGUCUGCUGUGAAGCUCGCCAAGAAUGCUUGUCUGCAUGGGCUUACAAAACACAUAAGGCCUAAGUGGCACUGGGUGAGGAGACUCCUUGAUAAGGAGGUGCGGCUGGAGAUCGUGAAAACCCAUCAGCAGGCAGCAGAUAUUUUCACUAAGCGUCUGGCGGAGGCGGAUCAUUGGAAGGGCAUGAAGCUUGCUGGGAUGAGUGUGCAUUGAGUAUGCAUGCUGGAGAUGUUGGUAUGGUGGAUGAUGGUUGGCAGCCAGAGGGGGAGAUUGUUGUGUGAUGUCAUCAUAUGCUAUCACAUUCUGUCUGCCUCCCAUCCCAUGUUUUCAACUUGCAUGUGUGGUUUGAAUGUGCAAGCAUUUGUGUGUGGUGUGUUCUGGAGUUUGGGAAUGUGUUCUGUGUUAUUUUUUGUUUGAGCAGGUAUUUGUGAUGAUAGAUCUUGAGAAGAUCUUUCCGACGCAACAAGAAUCGCUUCAAUCGGAGCAAGAACGCGAAAGCUAUGAAGAUUCAAAGUUCAUGAGCUUGCGUUACAAUUGCGGCGGUUACAAAGUGAAGUUGUGGGGUGACUUUAUAUGGAGUUGGGACCUUUGGGGUUGGGGAAAUUUGGCACUCUACUGUAACAGCUGCAAAUUGGUUGGGAACAACCAAGCUAGGUUGGCAAGGGUGGCCAACUUGGAUGGAUGGGUUGGGAAGUGACAAAUGUCAAAGUUGAGGUUCCUAUAGGGAGGGAAUCUUUGUGCUUAUGGGGUUUCCUUGGUUGGGGACUCUCUUGGGACCUUCCCUCUCAUCCCUCUCUUCUAUCCCAACCUU